CUAUGCUUGCUGGGCUGCUUUAAAAUUCAGCUAUUACAAUGAACCUCUGCUGGAGAGCGUGCUUUCUGCUAGUGCUAAAUCUUGUCGCGGCGUCCGCCCAAGGCGAAGUGUUCGAGGAGGACUUGACAUUACAUCCACUUCGAGAUGGGAAGCUGCAGGCUCGGUUCUCCUUCACGACUCUCCUGAAAGGAGCGAUGCCUAGAGACCCACAAGCUCUGGGGAGUGACGACGAAGCGCAGCAUUAUACCCUCUUCCCGCUCGCGCUCGGACAGAUACUUCGUGAACAUGCAGUAACGGAGCUUCAUCUUACACUCAACGCCGGAAAGUGGAACUACGACCAUUGGGGAUAUCCAGAUGAACCGGGAGUCGGAACGGGCGCCGAGUUGUGGGUGUGGAUGGGUGACACGGUUCCGACGUCAGUGGAUCAGCGGUGGCAGGGACUGAGAAACGCGCUUGCCGGUCUCUUCUGCGCGUCUCUCGGACACCUGGACGAACAGCGCACCACCUCCCCUACUCUCACCUUCCAGCCCGAAGGUUCCCUACCCAAUUUCACCCACCCACAUCGGCUCCGGCAUGCGUCGCUGCCCUCGGAGCACGUCUGCACGGAAAACUUGACGCCAUUCCUCAAGCUCCUACCGUGCAAGUCCCUCUCGGGCAUCGCGAGCCUGCUAAACCCGCACAAGGUGUUCGACGCGGACUGGCACGGGCUCGGCGUGCAUGUGCGUCACCGAGAGGGUGCUGGCGUCGAAGUGCGCCUCGCCUUCCAAGCCGUCUUCGAUCCGGUCCGCUAUUCCCCUGACGGGCGUCGAGAUUGGUCACUGCGCUCCGUCUUCGACCGCAGCAUCGAGAGGACCUGCCCGGUCGCCCGGGCGAGCAACGUCCGCGUGGAGCUGCCCAGCACGGCGCCCUACUCGAUAAGCCCGGGACCGACCGAUGUGACCGGCAGCACUGCGACGUAUGCGGUCGACUCGGCUCAGGAAGCGCUCGAUAUAUCUAUGCGAUGGCCGGACGAGAGCCGUUUCGAAUAUCCGAGAACGUCGAGCGCGCCGCCGCUCACUGAUAUUUCCGUGCGCCGAAACCUCAAGGGCACUAGCCAAGCCGAGGCGCGUCUUACGCUCCAAGUCACAAACAACCUGCCCGUUCAGGUCAGCGCCGGGUAUCUUGAGACCAUGCCCUGGCACCUCCAAUUUUACCUGCACACCCUGACUGCACAUAUUGAUGGCGCUCCGCGUGAUGAUCUCGUAAACAUCCUCUCAUAUACGCCACCGAUCCCCCACUCCCGCCCGGCGCUCCUGCAGACGGUGCUCACCCUCCCGCCACACGCAACGUUGCACCUCUCAGUGGAGGUCUCCAAGCCGUUCCUGCGCUACACCGAGCACCCACCAGACGCGCAGCGCGGAUGGGACCUGCCCCCUGCUGUUCUGGUUCCAUUUGCGUUUGGAGACGCGAACGAGACUGUCACAGGAAAUUCGCUUGCUCUGGGCCACCGGCCGAGGCGGAUAUACACGCCUGCGAUGCUCGUGGACCUGGCCACGCCGGACUUCAGCAUGCCGUACAACGUCAUCAUCAUGAGCUGCACGCUGAUCGCGCUCAUUUUCGGCAGCGUCUUCAACCUGCUCACGCGGCGCUUCGUCGUUGUCCAAGUCGACGCAGACGCGGACCCUGCGCCGGAGAAGCCGGCUGCCGUGGCGGGAGAAGGUGCCGAGGACGGGACGCCGCGGUGACAGAGGCAUCUUCGGUACCAGGGCGCGGCGUCCUCGAGUUCCAGAGGCUGCGCAGAGCUUGUAUACGUUUGUUCGCUCAGGGUCCCAUGUCGAGC